GUGGGCACAGGUGGGUGGCACUGGUGGGCACAGGUGGGUGGCACUGGUGGGCACAGGUGGGUGCACUGCUGGGCACAGGGUGGGGGCACUGCUGGCACGGUGGGUGCACUGGGCACAGGUGGGGGCACUGCUGGGAACGGGUCGGCGGAGCUAGUGGGCGCACUGCUGGGCGGAACUUGCGGGUGUCACUGCUGGGCACCCGAUCAUCAGGGCACUGAUCAUCAGUGCCCUGAUGAUCGGUGCCGAUCCCCGCUCUGACAACUGCCGGUUCUCGGCAGUACUUUCCUCACGAUCUGACAGUGUGAGGAAAGUGCAGCCGAGAACCGGCACUUGCAU